AUGGUGGACUUCAGCACUAUCAGCCUGCUGUCUCUUGCCAUGCUGGUGGGCUGCUAUGUGGCCGGGACCAUUCCCUUGGCGGUCAACUUCUCCGAGGAGAAGCUAAAGCUCGUCACCGUGUUGGGAGCAGGACUCCUGUGCGGCACGGCCCUCGCAGUCAUCAUUCCCGAAGGCGUUCAUGCUCUUUACGAGGAGAUCCUGGAAGGGGGCGGGCACCAUGGCCCCAGCCAGGUUGGCGUAGUCGCUGAGGCGUCGGAACCCAAAGGCGAAGCGGCGGCGGAGGCUCUGCUGAGUGUGGAAGGCCACCACGAACACAGCCACGAGCAGCUACACGCCUGCAUUGGCGUCUCGCUGGUGCUGGGCUUCGUCUUCAUGCUGCUGGUAGACCAGAUCGGCUCGUCGCACAUGCACAGCGCUGAAGAUUCAGAAUCAGCCAGAGUAUCGUCCUCUAAAAUUACCACCACCCUCGGAUUAGUGGUGCAUGCUGCUGCUGACGGCGUGGCCCUCGGAGCCGCUGCCUCCACGUCUCAAACCAGCGUCCAGCUUAUCGUUUUUGUCGCCAUCAUGCUACACAAGGCUCCCGCUGCGUUCGGCCUGGUGUCUUUUCUCAUGCACGCUGGGCUGGAAAGGAAUCGAAUCCGAAAGCACCUGCUGGUCUUUGCCCUGGCCGCUCCUGUCCUGGCCAUGCUCACUUUCCUUGGACUCAGCCAGAGCAGCAAGGAGGCGCUGUCUGACAUCAAUGCCACCGGUGUCGCUAUGCUCUUUUCUGCUGGCACUUUCCUGUACGUGGCAACUGUGCACGUGUUGCCCGAGGUAGGCGGCGUUGCGGGCCACAGCCACGGAACGCCAGGCGGCAACGGCGGCAAGGGUCUGAGUAAGGUAGAGGUGGGCGCCCUGGUACUGGGCUGCCUUAUUCCUCUUCUCCUGUCAGUCGGCCACCACCAUUAG